AUGAUUUUCUUCACUGAAUUUGUCCGAACGAGUCCCUAUUCUCUCGACUACUAUCCCCGCUACCCCGUAGUCUUACUCUCUGCGCGUGCCCGUGCUACCCGGUAUCUCGCCGAGCAGCGUGAACGUGCAUGGGCUCUCCGUUACCAGCAGCAGCCUUGCAUGAUGCACGUCUUGCGUACCUGUGCACCGCAGCAUGAGGACGAAAUUGGCUACAUGAUGGCCUACAAGCACGCUGAAAUGCAGCAGACCACGAUCCAACAGUUGCAGGCUAUGGCUGAUCUACGAUCUGACAUCGAGGAGGCACAGAUUUUUGCCCACCACCAUGCAAAUGCCGAGAAAUUCCUCGAGGAAGCUGAGACCCACCUCGAAGAUUUUCUACCUCCGGAUCAGGAGCCAUGCUUCAUGAUCUUUGAGCCUUUUGACCUGCCUGAUGAUUCUAUCUCAACUUUCAAGGUCAUUGUCCAGGAUGAGCCUUUACUUGAGGACGUGAUGAAGACUGUGUUAUAACAGAGAGCCAUCGUGCGGCAGAGUACCGGUCUGAGGUGCUCAAUAUGCUCCAGUCGAUCCUUGGCUGUCUUUCUGCAGACACUUUGGUGCAGGCCAACGUCAACGAAGAGGGAAACACAUCCCCGUAGGAGGGAAAAGGAAAGGUCAAGGGGAUCCCUAGAUUUGAAGAAGACUUUGUGACUGUUGUUAGCUGAAGCGGUAUCAUAUUGCCCCAGGCUUGUAUCUUUUAAUUUAGAUGUUACCUAUGUUCUAUGUUCUAUGUAUACUUGGUUCAUAUUUACUUUAUUGCGGUACUCCAGAUUGUACUAACAAACUGCAAAUACAUAUAACGCAUGGUAA